GUUAAAUUUAUUUUUAAAAAUGCUGAUUUAGCAUUAUCUUGUUACACACAAUGUAUUAUAUUAUCCGUAGAAUACACUUUGGAUGUUUUCCUGGACUACGAUUCCAACCAUGUUCACUUUUCAAUUCCUCCUCAUAUCGCAUCCAAAACGUACACACUUAUCCUGGAAUCCGAUAUGACAAGAUUCCAAAUUAUCAUAAAGAGGAUCUUUCAGAUGAAGAUGAUUUGAAUGAUGUCAGUCGACUAUCAAUUAAGACUCUACCCUUUCCUUCCUCUGUUAAAGAGAAACUUUUUGCAUUAAUUAAAUCAAUAUCUAAGAAAAGGGACAUUGACAAUAUCGGAUCAUACAUUUCAAAAAAGAUGGCUUCCAGAACAUGUGUAGAACUUCCCAAGAUUUUACCUUCAGUUUUAUUGGACUCUAACACACCUGAAAAUAAGUAUUUGGACCAAUUGAAGAACUUAUCCAAAGAUUCUAAGUUCACACAUCUCUACAACCUUCUAAACAAGGGAUCGAUUGGACCAAACGAGCAGGCUCAAAUAAACUUAAGUGAAGCUGAAGACUCAAGGCACAAGAAUAGUAAUAUAAACUACUCGCCACAAAUAUCAGUUGCUUACACAGCUCAUACUUUUUUUGGCCAUUACGCAGUUUUCCUGAGGAUAUUCCACGAGAUAAACAAAAGAGUUGAAAAUCUAAAACUGUCUAAGAUAAUGUUUUACAACCCUGGCCACGGAGCUUCUUUGAUCUCAGCAAAUACCAUUUGGGACCUGAAAUCUUCUGACAUUCUAGUAGUCGAACCUUCCCAGAACCUUCUGAAGAUUUGCCAACAUCUAACAUCAGACCUUCUUAACCCAAGGUUCCAAAAUGAUAUAUACGAAAUCACAGAACACUUUGAUUUGAUUGUCCUUCCAUAUGUGUUGUCAAAUACCCUUGGCCAUAAGUCAAGGAGUCUUUUGGUAAAAAAUUUAUGGAACAGACUGAAUGUUGGAGGAAUUAUGGUGGUUGCUGAGCCUGGAACUCCAACCGGGUUUAGGAUGAUUCAUUCCUUGAGGGAGUUAUUUAUAUCGCAGCUCCAGGAUAAAUCUUUUCAUUUCAUAGCUCCAUGUCCUCACGAGGGGAUUUGCCCCUUGGCACUGACUGGCAAGGACUGGUGCCACUUCUCCCAGAGAAUUUACAGGAUACCACACUACAUUUACAAUAAGGGCUCAAUUUCAAAGUCUAUAGAUAACGAAAAGUUUUCAUAUUUAGUUAUUGGGAAAUAUACCGGACCCAGGUCCAAGUAUCCAAAGGAGUCUUUAUCAAUUUCACCUGCUGAAAGGUCAUACUUCUGGCCUAGAAUCGUGAUGCACCCACUCAAGGUUGGCCGGAGGGUACUGAUCGAUGUUUGCAGUAGUCCCAACCACUUCAAAAGACUUAUUGUUCCCAAGAAUACACCAGAGUCCAGUGGAUACAAAUAUGCAAGAGAUGCACUUUGGGGUGAUUUGUGGCGGUUUGCUCAGAGGGUGGAGAAGCCUGUGGCCAGGGGUUACACACCACCCAAGGUGGUGGAUUACCUGCUUAGCGAAUCUGAGAGGGAGCAGAAGAUUAAGAGCAAGAUUGAAAGGACUGAAAUUUCAAUAAAGGACAAAAUAGAGCAGGACAUGAUUCGAAACUACUCAGCUUAAACUAAUUUAAUAGUUGAAAA